CGUUGAAAAUGGAGAAGCUUCAAAUAUGGCCAUGCCCCGGAUUCAACUGCCACUGCGGUUCGUUUCUCCCAACAGAUUCCAAAUUGCAGCUUCCAAAAUUUUCCAGGGGGAGUACAAAUAUUUCAGGAUCAUGGCUGAGUCGGUUGGAAGUAGGAAUAUGGAGAAAAAGCUUAUACAAAUUGAUAUAAGCUCAGAUACGGUUUGCCCGUGGUGCUUUGUAGGCAAAAAGAAUCUUGACAAAGCUAUAGCGGCUUCUCAGGAUCAAUAUGAUUUUGAGUUAAAGUGGCAUCCAUUCCAGCUCAAUCCUUCUGCUCCCAAGGAGGGCGUUGUUAAGAGGGAAUUUUACAGGACGAAGUUCGGAAUUCAAUCUGAACAGAUGGAAUCUCGGAUGGCAGAGGUGUUUAGGGGUCUUGGAUUGGAUUAUGACAUGUCUGGACUGACGGGAAAUACUCUAGACAGCCACAGACUUAUAUAUUUGGCAGGUCAACAGGGUCUAGACAAGCAACAUGACCUUGUGGAGGAGUUGUGCGUUGGAUACUUCACUCAAGGAAAAUACAUUGGUGACCGGGAAUUUCUUUUGGAAUGUGCUAGAAAGGCUGGGGUGGAAGGAGCAGCUGAGUUUCUCGGGUCAGAUGAUAACGGAGUGAACCAGGUUAAGGAAGAGCUUGAGAAGUACUCGGGAAAAAUUUCAGGAGUCCCCUUCUACGUUAUCAAUGGGAAGCAUAAACUGAGUGGUGCUCAACCCCCUGAGGUUUUCCUAAGAGCUUUUCAAGUGGCUGGAAAAUAAAAGCUUUUGGAUUUAACACCAUCAAUAAGAAUGUAACUUGUUUGCUGAAACACCAGAAUACAUACUUGUUGAUCUUGUAUUUAUUACCAUAUUGAAAAUGCAUGUCAGAUCAGACUACUAUUUACUGUUUUCCCAGCAAUAAAAUACUAGGUUGUACUCUGUUAGCUUAGCCCAUGUUGACAUUUUAAUAGCUUUGUUUGGACAGAAAUAUAGUAUAUAAUGAAAUGGAGUUAUUCAAA